AUGAAGCUGUCACUCACCGUCAUCACUCUCUUGGCUGGCUUCGCCGUCGCCCUGCCUCAGGGCAAGGGACAGAAUAACAACAACAACAAGAAUGGCCAGAAUGGCCAGAACAACAACGGCAAUAACAACCAAGAUGCCGCAGCAGCCAACGAUGACGUGAAUGCUGCAGCCAACGAUGGUUCAGGUGGUGUGGCUGCCGCCGCAAAGGCAGAGGCAGCAAUCCUCUUGACUGAGAAUGGCGAUGCUGGCGCCGUUGACUCUGGUGCCGAUUUCGAGAAGGCGGUCAAAGCCAUCUCGGACUCUGGUAACCAAGAUGACCUAGACACUCUGGAGGCUGCUGGCAUCGAUGUCGACGCCGCCCUGGACGGAAAUGGAGGUGGUGGCAACGGAGGGAAUGGAAAUGGCCAGGGCGGUCAGAAUGGCCAGAAAGGACAGCAGGGCCAGAACCAGCAGGGCCAGAACCAGCAGGGCCAGAAGAACCAGCAGGGCCAGAACUAA